UCCAAAUUCCAAUUUGUAUUUACUAUUAUUUUGUUAUUUAUUUAUCUACUUGCCAAUCUUGUCCUGACUUUGCAUAUGAUAUUAUUUGGUACUUGGUUUAUAGUUCAUACAACUGAACUGAAUUAAUCAUUGAUUAUAAUUAUACUAUUUCAAGUGGGUAAAAGCUAUAAAAAUGUUAGGUGGAUUGAGGCUAAAAGUGUUGUUUACUCAUGAAAGGACUUGUUUUGCAUAUUUAAAUCAAAAGUACAGCACUAACAAUGUACAAUCACAGUGUGUCCAAGUGCUUUUUGGUGACAAGAAACUGUCAUUAUGGUUAGUAUAUAGUAAUAAUAUACAUGAAGGUGGUAUUGCCUUGAACCCAAUGCAUAGCAAGCUAUUGGGACUUGAAGAGGGCUCAGAAGUGUUUGUAUCUCCUUGUGGAGAUGUGAAGGUUCUAGAUGAGCUGUAUAUUGAUACAGACAGUUCAGAUGAUCAAGAGAUUUUGGAACACAACGCCGAAGUUCUUCAGUUACGAAUCUUAGAUCAAUUAAGACUGGUUGUUGCAAAUCAAAAAGCUAUAGUUUGGAUAUCCACAUCAUUACCAAUUGUGUUUACUCCUAAUCAAACUGGACUGCUUGUAAACCACAGUAGAAUUGUUGUUAAGAUAGAUGCUUUUAAUACAUUCCAUCAAAGGCGAGAUACUAUUAAACCAGUUUCUGAAGAAAAUCAUCAAUUUAACAACAUUGGUCUAAUUAAUCAAGGCAUGCUUCAACCAUAUCUAAAUGCACCUAAGAAUUUAGUCCUCCGAACUUUAAUAAUAGAUAGUGAUGGAAAGAAAAAUCUAAUACAUCCUUAUACUGUUUUUAUCCAUGACGAUCUGUUGGGUGAUUCUUAUAAGGAUUGGACAGUAAUUCUAGCUACAAUGAAGACUAUUCCUUCAAUUUUACAAGAACAUAAUGAAGAGAGUGAUAAAGAUAUUGGCAACCAACAUACAGAAGAUAUUUGUGUAGAAAUUGUGUCAGUAGAUAAUGUUAUAUUUAGAAUUCUGUCACAUGAAAUAUACAAUAGAGAUAUACCAACUGUGCUCAUACCAAAGUCUCUGAACUCUAUUGUCAAUUUUGAGAAUGGAAUGAAAGUGUUGUUAACAAUUGUUGGUGAUUCUGCUGAACAGCCAGAGCAUAUUGAUUUGAUAACAUAUACAGAUGCAGUGCAAUCAGAAACUGAAGUUAUAGAAAGAUUUAAGAAGUGUGUAGUGGAUAAUACACAUUCUGGUAAAAAGUUCCUCAUCAAUGACAAUAUGGUGAAGCAAAAUGUACAUAUAUGUAAUGGUUUUUUUAAAUUUAAACUGAAGCCAGAGAGGUUAAAAUACACAAUGCUGAAUUCAGAAUCAUUCCGACACUGUACAGUAUCCGCAAAAUGUUUGAGUGAUGCUGAUCUUGUUAUACCAAAACCUGUGGCGUCAAAUUUGGAAUAUGAUUAUAAAAAUUACUGCACAUCAAUGAAAUCUGUGCAAACAUUAGUAGAAAAAGUAGUUUCGCAUAUAUAUUUUGAAAUCUAUAGAGAAGCUAGUUUCAAAAAUGCCUCAGAAGUUAAAAGUAAUAUUUUGAUAACUGGGUCAAGCGGCACGGGAAAAACAGCACUGUGCCACGCAGUCCAGAAGCAGCUGACUUUGUGGUCUCACAUAGUGCAGUGCCGGUCGCUCAAGGGCCGCAAGGAUGUGCCGGAGGUGCUCGGAAGAGCGGUGCUCAUGUGCCAGCAGCGGAGCCCUUCCGUCCUCAUCUGCGACGACAUCGACGCUCUCGUGCCGCCUAACAUGGAGGGAGCAACUCCUCAGGAUAUCGCGUACUACCAAAGAUUAGCCGUUGGGAUCAAACAGUUGCUGCAGACGUGUGCCGGCGUGUGCGUUCUCAUGACGUCACUGGGCAUGCCCGCGCUCCAUCCCACGCUGCGGAACUUGGGCGGGAAACCCUUGUUCACGGCGCACUUUGAGAUGCCGUCUUUGGAUCAGGAAGAACGAGCUGAACUGUUGAGACAUCUGCUGAACGACAAGAUCCGUGAUUGUUUUGUUGUGGAAGACGAUGACGUAAUCAAGAUGGCGGCCGACACGGGAGGGUCCAACGUGCGGGACGUGAUCGACUACCUCAAUAAGAUUAUAUUUAAAGCGGUGAAGAAGAAACAGAAAGAAGAUAUCGUCAAGCCUAGACUCAUAGACGAACCAAGUGAAGCGAGUGAGAAGAGCAAGCAGUUUGAUAUCUGGGCUCCUGUGGGAGGUAUGGAGGAUGUCAAGCGACAGCUGACUGAGUGCAUAUUCUGGCCCAUUAUGUACCCGGCGCUGUUCAGGUCGCAGUCAUGCGGCAUCAUGCUGUACGGGCCCCCGGGCACAGGCAAGUCCCACAUCGGCUCCUGUCUGGCGCGGCUCACCAACAUGAGACUGAUCUGUGUCAAAGGGCCCGAGCUACUCUCCAAGUACAUUGGGCAGAGCGAAAAGGCGGUACGAGAUGUGUUUGAUAAAGCGGAGAUGCAGCGGCCGUGCAUAUUGUUCUUUGACGAGUUCGACAGUCUGGCGCCCAAACGCGGGCACGACUCGACGGGCGUGACGGACCGCGUGGUGAACCAGCUCCUGGCCAGGUUGGACGGGGCGGAGGGCGGCGCCGCGGGGCCCGUGAUGGUGGCCACCUCGCGCCCCGACCUGCUGGACCCCGCGCUGCUGCGACCCGGGCGUCUGCACUCGCACGUGUACUGCGGCCUGCCGCACGAGAAGCAGCGCUACGAGGUGCUGCAAACGCUGGCUGGCAGUGUGUCGGUGGACGAUCGCGUGGACCUGCGCGAAGUGGCCGCGUGGACCGAGGGCUUCUCCCCCGCAGACCUCAAGUCGCUGCUGGUCACCGCCCAGCUGGCCAAGCUCGAGUCGCUCUUAGUGAGCAGUGAGGAAAGGAAGUUGGAGUCUGUGGUGAUAUCGAAGGAAGACAUUGAGAGCGCGCUGUCUGAAACGAAACCUUCCCUCUCCCACCAGCAGAGAAUGUUCUACGAUAUGAUCUACAAGAGGUUUCGUGGGGAGCCGCUGUCUACGGAGCAGCGGGCAAUGUCGCUGCAGAUGCAGCGGCAGAGAGUCACUCUUGCCUAGCGGAUGCAGCUGUCUUCUGCGAUCUGCCAACAUCUCGCUCGUUAGAUCAUCUUCUGACCAACUAUUUAAACAACGACAAGUUCUUGUAACUCCUUUGAUAUUUCUUCUAUCCCAUAAAAGUAUUAAGUAAGUCUUGUGACUCCAUUUACUUAAUAGGAUGAGAGAUCUACAAGGAAGUGCGAAGAUGUUCAGCUGAUGGUAAUUGAUACUCCCUGCCCAUUACAAUGCAGUGCAGCUCAGGAUUCUUUAAAAACCCGAAAUUUCUGAGCGGCACUACAAUUGCGCUCGUCACCUUGAGACAUAAAAUGUUAAGUCUCAUUUGCCCAGUAAUUUCACUACGGCGCCCUUUAGACCGAAACACGUUAAUGUUUACACAUUAUUGCUUCACAAUAGAAAUAGGCGUCGUUGUGAUACCCAUAAUCUAACCGGCAUCCUGUGCAAAGGAGCUUCCCACUGGUACAUGAGUACAAGGUAAAUUUUCUCAUCAGAUAAACCGGCACUAAACGAACCACGUCAUGGGGUGAAUUGAGACGAUUUUGAAAGCCUUCCAAAAAUAUGAGAGAGAUAUAUUGUAAAUAUAGUAUGGACUAAGGCGUUCAAGCCGGAUAGUUUUGUAAGACUGGGUUUAUCGGUUGACAAGUUUUUUAAACGGGGUUUAGCGAUUUGAAUACAAUUUGUCAGUGUUUAAAAAUGAUCAAUACAAGAGUUUUUAUUAAUUACAUUAAAAUUAUGUUUUUUGAUCACAAAAAAAGCAGAAAAGUUACGUAGAAAUCUCAGAUCAUUUAUACGUCUAGAUAGAUUAUGAUAGCUGGGAAAAAUUAAAUUUAGAAUUAGCUUCAAUUUUGAGCAAUACACGCACACUAACCCAAAGUGUCAUACAAACCGCGAGUGUAAGACGUAGCUUGUCACGCACACUAAAGUCAUAAAGCCUGGCCUGUUUUCAUCGGUUGUCUAACAGCAAGAUAUUAUCUAGACGUAUAAAUUAUCUAAGGUAGAAAUAAUUAAAUGCAUUAAUAACUAAUACAAACACUUCAUAGUCAACUUUAAGUUAAACCCUUAAAUUUAAGGACAAAUCAAUAAUAAACGUUUAAAGAUCAGUAAUGUGUAAACUACUAGUGACUAGUGUGUUAAUAGUGAAGACGUAGAAAGAUUAACUUCCCUGUUGCUAUAUUGGUAAAGCGGACACGUUAACUCGUUUGCGGCACAUCUGCAAAGAGGAUGUAAAUACUAAUAAGAGGCGGGAAUGCCUAAGUAAUUAUUAAAAUUUAGUUUAGUAUGACACAUGCAGUUAUUUGAUGUAAGUUUGACAUAGUAGUAAUUACAGUAUAAUUAUAAUUAUUAUAUAAUUAUAAUUCGGCAAGUUUGAAAGCGAACGGUUGCUUAAAACGUAGUGGAAUUCGGCUAUCUCCGUUUUUUUACAAGAUUAUAACCGUCAUCUGUCAAUUUAUCAAUGACUGCACGUUUCCUACAAUCGAGUGAAUCGGUUUUUUCUUAGAGAGUUUCGCUGUGAUCCACGACAAGGUGACGUCGAACAAAACUCUAGUUUUAAAAUAUAUAAUGUUCUCAGUGUUUUUAACGUUGAAGUCAAGGUGAAUUGGCAUAAACUGAUCUUUUAGAAGAAACUUCAAAUGUCACUUUGAUACUACACGAAGUAGGUAUUUGAAUUGCGCGCGAGAAUUUAUGAAGCGACCAAUCGGUGAUGAAAGUUCAGGGGUUGAUAAUAAUCAUCUCAGCCACUUCUCUUUAUUCUUGUCUAUUCACUCAUGGUAUAAUAUUAAGUUUUUUUUAAAUUAUUUAUUGUAAUGAUUUGGUUACAGGUCGUAACGGUAUGUUGUUUAACAUUUAUUAUUAUUAACAUUCAGAAAUAUAUCAUAUACUGUAAUAUUCAAUAUAAAGAGAAGGAUAAAAGUAAUUUAAAUAAUGUAUUUAACUUCUUGUUGUUCUCUGGUGCUGGAACAACUCACUGUCUAAACAAUUUGUUGUUUUUUUUAAGUGAUAUCCCUCAGUUCUGGGAUUAAACAAAUCAGACCAUAGUAUGUCUAAUGUCAAAAAUGGUAUGCGUCAUUCGGGUAGUUGUUACCAACAAUAUCUAUGGUACUAUAUGUUAUAACCUAACACAAAAUAUGUAAAUAGCUUGAUGCUUUUGUGCUAAACCCAUUUACCAAAUUUGAAUAUAAAUACUUUUUAUUUGUAUUGUAUAAUUUUAGUUGACACAUAUACCUAAUAUAUAAUUUAUCGUUGUUAAAACGAAAGGUUGAGUUUUAAGUACAUGUUUUAUAUAUUAUGUUAGUGGCCAUUUUGUUAUGUUUUAUAUUGGUGCUAUGAUUGGUUCUGUUACAAAAUAAAUAUCGUUAAAAUGG